CAGCGGCUGCCGCGAGCGAGCCGAGCACACAGUCGCUUCAGCAGCAGCAGCAGCGGCGCAUGGACAGCGCGAGGGGAAUAUCAAGCGGUGCACUUACCUCAGCUUGCUGGUGCGAGCGCGGGAGUGUGUGAGACACAUAUACCAAAAGGAGAUAAUAUGUUAUACAUAUGCCUCUGCCUCUCCUCCUCCUUCUUCUUCCACCACCACUCUCAUUCCUUCCUGCCCCGGCUUCUCCUUCACCUGACUCGUUGAGCCCAGCAUGCAACCCAGUAUCUGCUAAAUGAAUAAUGCACUAGAAUGUCAGCGCUGAAAAAGGUGUUGCCUGGCAUUCUGCAGAAGCAUUGCUGUAUUUUACCAGACAGGAAUACAGAGUCACAGUGUACACUCUGUGGUGAGCCUGAAGGUUUGGAUUCUCUAACAGGGCAUGCAUUUUCAGAGGAAGAAGGCGGUGACCUCCUCAAAUCGGGGAUCAGUUUUCCAGGGACGCCAGAGGAGGAGCUAGACCAACCGUACUCAUGGUCUCCUACUCAGCCCUUCAAUGAGGAAAGAUACUCUCCUGCUUCAAGGAACAUGAAAGGAUUAUCUGGCAGUCGCAAUCAACCACAGUUAUGUUCUGCUCAUACUUGUGGCUUAGCAUCCACUGAAGAUUGUGAACACACCCACGAUCAUAUUCAUCAUGGCCAGGAUUCAAGGCAAUCAUAUCUUCUCAGCCCAACGGAGAGCUGCCCGAUGGACCACCAUCGCUGCUCACCACGAAGCUCCAUCCAUUCAGAAUGCAUGAUGAUGCCCAUGGUUAUGGGUGAUCAUAUGUCCAGUAGCACUUUUCCCAGAAUGCACUACACCUCACAUUACGAAACUAGGGACGAUUGCACCAUGUCUCAUCCUAACCCUAAAGUCAACCGGAUCCCUGCAAAUCUGCUGGAUCAGUUUGAAAAACAACUUCCUCUCCACAGGGAUGGCUUUCACACUUUACAGUACCAGAGGACCUCAACAGCUGCUGAGCAACGUAGCGAAAGUCCAGGGAGAAUACGCCAUCUUGUUCAUUCAGUACAAAAACUUUUCACAAAAUCUCAUUCUUUGGAAGGAUCUUCCAAGAGCAAUGUGAAUGGGACAAAGGGAGAUGGCCGAGGAGAUGACCAUCAUCAUGGACAUCAUUCUAAACAUAGCAAAAGAAGUAAAAGUAAAGAACGGAAACCUGAGAGUAAGCAUAAAACUGGAAUGAGCAGUUGGUGGAGUUCUGAUGAUAAUUUGGAUAGCGAUAGCACUUACCGAACACCUAGUGUUGUAAACAGGCAUCAUGUGGACCAUAUCUCUCAUUGCUACCCGGAGGCUCUUCAGGGACACUUUGGGGAUCUCUCUCUAAAGACUUCAAAAAGUAACAAUGAUGUGAAGUGUUCUGCUUGUGAAGGGCUUGCAAUGGCCCCUGAUGGGAAAUACAUGAAAAGGAGUUCUUGGUCUACGCUAACCGUAAGCCAGGCUAAAGAAGCUUAUCGCAAGUCAUCCCUUAACCUAGAUAAGCCUCUAGUUCAUCAGGAAAUCAAACCUUCCCUGAGGCCAUGCCAUUACCUUCAGGUGCCUCAGGAUGAAUGGGGAGGGUACCCUGCUGGUGGUAAAGAUGAGGAGAUUCCCUGCAGAAGGAUGAGAAGUGGAAGUUAUAUCAAAGCCAUGGGAGAUGAAGAAAGUGGAGAUUCUGACACUAGCCCCAAAACAUCACCAAAGGUAGCAGUCCGACCAGAGUCAUUGUUGAAAUCCAUUGGACAAAGAGCUCUCGGAGAUCACCAAAAUCAGAGCUAUCUGCAAGCUGCAAGUGAUGCGCCUGGUGGUCACAACUUGGAUCCGUCAGCAAACUACAAUUCCCCCAAGUUCCGAUCGAGGAAUCAGAGCUAUAUGAGAGCAGUGAGCACGCUCAGUCAGGCCAGCUGCAUCAGCCAGAUGAGUGAAGCAGAGGUCAAUGGGCAAUUUGAAUCUGUUUGUGAAUCAGUAUUUAGCGAAGUUGAAGCUCAGGCAAUGGAUGCCCUCGACCUCCCAGGAUGUUUCCGAACCAGAAGCCACAGUUACUUGCGUGCCAUUCAGGCAGGUUACUCCCAAGAUGAUGAAUGUAUCCCUGCAAUGGCAUCUUCCAAUAUCACCUCAACAAUCAGGUCGACAACAGCUGUAACAUACACAAGUUACAAAAAAACGCCACCGCCUGUACCCCCUCGUACCACCUCUAAGCCACUUAUCUCAGUUACAGCACAGAGCAGCACAGAAUCAACGCAGGACGCCUAUCAUGAUAGCCGAACUCAGAGGAUUUCCCCAUGGCCUCAAGAUGGGCGAGGGAUGUACAACUCUACAGACAGUUUGGAUAGUAACAAGGCCAUGAACCUUGCCAUGGAAACUGCAGCUGCCCAGCGCCAUGUGUCUGAGAGCCAUAGUACCUCAGCGCGAACCAGCGACAAGGCCAUCCUAGUGACAAAAGCUGAGGAGUUCCUUAAGAGUCGGCGUUCCUCUAUAGGGAUUCAGGUGGAAGCAGCAACUGAUUCAGAUACUGAGAGCAGAGGUCUACGCGAAUAUCAUUCUGUUGGGGUGCAAGUUGAAGAUGAAAAACGACAUGGACGGUUUAAGCGCUCAAAUAGCGUAACAGCAGCUGUUCAGGCUGACCUAGAACUUGAAGGCUUCCCAGGACAUAUAACAAUGGAGGAUAAGGGACUUCAGUUUGGUGGCUCAUUCCAGCGGCAUUCAGAACCUAGUACCCCUACUCAAUAUGGUGCAGUAAGAACUGUACGGACACAGGGGUUGUUUAGUUACAGAGAAGAUUAUAGGACCCAAGUAGACACUUCCAAUCUUCCACCACCUGAACCCUGGUUAGAACCAGCCAUUGAAACAGUUGAAGCAGGACGGAUGUCUCCUUGUCGAAGGGAUGGGUCUUGGUUUAUGAAGUUACUACAUACUGAGACAAAGAGAAUGGAAGGAUGGUGUAAGGAGAUGGAGAGAGAAGCGGAAGAAAAUGAUCUUUCUGAAGAAAUUCUAGGUAAGAUCCGGAGUGCCGUUGGAAGUGCUCAGCUUCUUAUGUCUCAGAAAUUCCAGCAGUUCUAUUGGCUAUGUCAACAGAAUCUGGAUCCCAGUGCCAUGCCACGGCCAACUUCGCAGGAUCUAGCGGGAUUCUGGGACUUAUUACAGCUAUCAAUUGAAGAUGUCAGUAUGAAGUUUGAUGAAUUGCACCAGCUGAAACUGAAUGAAUGGAAAAUAGUAGAAUCACCUGAAAGGAAGGAAGAAAGAAAAGUUCCUCCUCCUGUACCAAAGAAGCCCCCAAAAGGAAAAUUCCCUAUUACAAGAGAGAGGUCUCUAGAUCUGCCUGAUAGACAACGUCAAGAAGCCCGAAGGCGACUAAUGGCUGCUAAAAGAGCAGCCUCCUUCCGACAGAAUUCAGCCACAGAGCGUGCAGACAGCAUUGAGAUAUACAUCCCAGAGGCCCAAACUAGGCUUUAAAGACUAGAAUGCUGCAUAGUUUCUUCUUUUUUUCAAAGAACAACACAAAGCAAAAUGCUUGUACAGUUUGUCUCCUCCUGGCUAAACUUUGUCACAUUCUCUUCCCACUAAAUGGGCCCUUGGUGUUGUGCCCUUUGUGCCACCUGCACAGUGGAAUGCUUUGGAGUUCCUCAGAAUUCACCAAGCCCGUUGCAAGAAUUACACUUUUUUUUUUUUUUGUAUUUAUUAACAGACUAAACAAUCAGCUCCAAUGGAUAGGGCUUCUUAAGACCUUACUUAUCCAAUAUGUUCUCAGAGGACAACGAGAAACACCUCUUGAGAUGGAACCCAGCUUACUUUUUUGUUAUUUAUAUUUUUAUAAAUGAUGUGAUAACUAGGGAUAAGAAUAUUACAAACUUUUCAAAUGGGUGCAUCUCAUCAUUCACCAGAGGCAUUAGCUAAUCCAAGUAGAAGGUGCUACAAACGUAAAGUGCAAGAAAGAAAGAACCCAUUUCUCUUUCUCUCUCUCACUCUCUCCCUGCUUCUUUCUGACCUCCAGUUUCCUUACCUUAUAUACCUAGCUUAAGUUUUUGCCCAUGUGCUCUGCUGUUUUGCUUAUCUCAGUUACUGCAAAAUAAUGAGGCCUAUCAUCUUUCAUCAAGUUGAGUUUUUGGAGACGAACAGGGAUAUCCAGCCAUGAAACUCCAAAGUUCAUCAGGAACAAAAACAAAAAUCAGAAGCAAAGGAAUAUCUGGUGGUGGUGGGAGCAUCCAGCCCAGUGAGAAAGAUGCUUCAUUUCAAGAAGUCUGACGGGGGGGGGGGGGGAUGCAAAAGGACUUGAGUAAAAUAAUGAAAAGGGAAGCCUUAAGAAUUUAAAUCUUCUGUAGCAAGAUGUGAAAAGUUCUAUUACUCCUUUGGAACAUGCAUUACAUUGUAAACAGUUCUUUUAUGCUGUAGUUAUUUUGUUUACAAACAUGAUUUUUUUUAAUUUCAAA